AAGAGUGCCUCAGAAGUCCACCCCUCCCCUUCGAGCCGAAGACCACCUCCAGUAAGCCCCGGCACCGGGGACUGCAGCAUCACCAGCGUCUCUCGGCCUCACCCCAUUGACUCCCGUGGCCCUGCGGAGACAGCUGAUCCCCGCACUCCCGUGCAGCUCUGCACCAGAGGAUUCUAGCCCACCACACACCACCGCCGACAUCCACCCACCGCGGUCCACCACAGGCAGCGUGACUUAGACUGAUACAGACGUUUGCAUGCUGCAGACGUCAGGGGGGACUUCCAGCCAGGGGCCGACAGCCGACCGCGAGCAUGCUCCGCAGCCUGCAGGUGACGGCGUGCGCCCUGUGGACGCUCCUCUCGCCGCCGGCGAGCGGCGCGUCGGAGGCGCAGCGCUGCCCCGCGGUGUGCGAGUGCUCCGAGUGGAAGAGCCACACCAUCUCCUGCUUUGACAUCGACGUGCUGCCCGGCUUCCCAGCGAGCACGGAGACGCUAUGGCUUUUCGAGACCCGUCUAUCAUCGGUGCCAGCAGAUGUCUUCGCCAACAUGGUCAACAUCUCCAGGAUAUACAUAUCAGUGGACACGAAGCUGCAGAGGCUGGAGAGGCACUCGUUCCACGGCCUGAGGAAAAUCACCCACAUUGAGAUACGCAAUGCAAAGAGCCUGACCUAUGUUGACCCAGAAGCCUUCAAGAAUCUCCCAAACCUCAAAUACCUGGGGAUUUUCAAUACCGGCCUUGAUUUCUUCCCUGACUUGAGCAACAUCCACUCCAACGACAUGCACUUCAUAUUGGAAAUUGUUGAUCAUCCCUACAUCACUGAGAUCCCAGCCAACUCAUUCCGUGGCAUCACCAGCGAUGUGCUGACAGUGAUGCUGUAUGGAAAUGGCUUCAGAGAAAUCCAGCAUUAUGCCUUCAAUGGGACGAAGCUAGGUCAAGUCGAUCUUCACAGGAAUAAGUAUUUGACCAAGAUGGAUGAAAGGGCUUUCGCAGGCACCAUUAGCGGCCCCAUGCUUCUAGACGUGUCCCUGACAGGCAUCAGCUCGCUGCCGACCACGGGUAUGGAUUCUCUUCGGGAGCUGAAGGCGCGCAACGCCUGGGCCCUCAAGAAACUGCCGCCUAUCAAGACCUUCAAGCACCUCACAAUCGCCAACCUCACCUACCCCAGCCACUGCUGCGGCUUUAAAAACCUCAAAAAGAAGCGAGGCUUUUUGGAGUACAUACUCUGUAACCUGACUGUUCUCCAAGACCAGCAUCACAAGCGCUCUGUGGGGCCCCUCCGCAUGCCUUCCCUCCAAGCGGAUAGCGUGGUCGAAACAGUCCCAGACCUGGAGCCAAGUGACGGAGGUCAGAGAGAGUCCCAGCAAGACUGGAGGAGUGGUGACUUCCACGGCAGCCUCCACUACCAUGCCUACUUUGGGGGCCAGCCAGAUGAGGAUGUGGGUUUUGGAGAGACCCUCAAGAACCCCCAGGAGGAUACCAGCCAAAAUUUUGUCACUCCCUAUGAAUAUGUGGUGUGUGAGGAGGGAGAGGAGGUGGCGUGCUCGCCAGUGCCCGAUGAGUUCAACCCUUGUGAGGACAUAAUGGGUUUUGGCUUCCUGCGAGUGUCUGUGUGGUUUGUGAGUCUGCUGGCCAUUUUAGGAAAUGUGGUGGUGCUCCUUGUGCUGCUCACCAGCCAUUACAAGCUCUCAGUCUCCCGCUUCCUCAUGUGUCACCUGGCCUUUGCAGAUCUGUGCAUGGGGAUUUACCUGCUGCUCAUCGCCUCCGUCGAUCUCCACACACGGGCUGAGUACUUCAACCACGCCAUAGACUGGCAGACCGGCCCUGGUUGUGGACUCGCAGGCUUUUUCACAGUCUUUGCCAGUGAACUGUCUGUGUACACCUUGACAGUGAUCACUCUGGAGAGGUGGUACGCCAUCACCUUCGCCAUGAGGCUGGAUCGCAAGCUGCGUCUGCAUCAUGCAGCGGCUGUGAUGCUGGGUGGCUGGAUUUUCUGCCUUGUCCUGGCGCUGCUUCCACUCAUUGGCGUGAGCAGUUAUCAGAAGGUCAGCAUCUGUCUCCCAAUGGACACCCAGUCCACAGUGGCUCAGGUCUUCAUCUUGUCUGUGCUGGUCCUCAACAUUCUAGCCUUUCUUGUUAUCUGCGCUUGCUACUUCAAGAUCUACUGUGCAGUGCACAACCCUCACUACCACUCUGGAUCCAAGGAUACCAACAUUGCCAAGCGCAUGGCCGUAUUAAUUUUUACUGACUUCUUGUGCAUGGCACCCAUUUCCUUCUAUGCCAUGUCAGCCGCGCUGGACCGGCCGCUCAUCACCGUCUCCAACUCCAAGAUUUUGUUGGUGCUCUUCUACCCGCUCAAUUCCUGUGCCAACCCCUUCCUCUACGCCAUCUUCACUAAGGCGUUCAGGGGUGAUGUAUUCAUCCUCCUCAGUAAGGUGGGGCUAUGUCAGCAACGAGCGCAGCUGUUCAGAGGCCAGACGGUCUCGUCAAAAGGAAGCAGCGGUCCAUCUCAGGUCCGUAGAGACAAGUGUAAGGUCGGGAAAGGAGGAAGCGGAGGGCAGGAAGAGGUACCCAUCCACCUGAAGAAAUGCUCCGGACAUACCUACCAGCAAACAGUCAGCCAGCAGGCAAGCCCUGAAGAGAGCCAGAGCCUGAACACGUGAGCCAAACACCAGCUUGAGGGAGUAAAAAAAAGUACGACAGGUUCAGGUGGGACGGGAGAGGCCUUGAAGUGUUUGUAGGCAGAUCUGCUUGGAUAUUUAACAGAAAGCUCCAGUAUUCUGUAUCUGCUUCAGUUUUCAGGCCAAGUUCAGCUGUUUUCACAAUUUCGGCUGUGAUGAUUUUAUGGUUCCAGUUGUUGGAAAAUAUCAAGUGUCAGUGAAAUAUGAGCUCGACUUCAUCUCAAUUAUAGUCCUUUCUAUUUUGAUGGACUGGAUGGAAUAGAACGGAUUUCAUUCUGAGGAAAAUUAAGAUAAAAUCUAUUUUUCAGUGUUGUAUUAUUAUAUUUUGAGUUUUUGCUCAUUUUCUGAUCGCAGUGUGGCAUUGAGAUACAAGGACAUAUGACAAAUUGUCUAAAGCCUUUUAGUUUCCAGUGAUAAGGAGACCUUUUUUCAGGUAUGCUAUUUAUACUUGGUUGUUGGAGGGACACCCUGCCUUUCACAGUGGAUAUUGCAUACAGUUUAUGAAAAGGCAAAAACUCUCCAUUUAUUAUCCUCUCACCAAUACCUCUGUAUAUAGCCUGAUCUGAAUAUAUUCUUGUGUUUGGUGAUUUUAUUGAUGAAAACAGGACACGGUCUGUAAUUUUUAUGCAUUUUUUUAAUGGUGUGUACCCAAAACGGAAACGAAUAGUGCUCGACUGUGGUGUUUACAGUGAAAGUGGACUCUAAACUUGCACUUCAAUGUGGCUCAUACCUGUACCCAAAUUGAUUGAUCACUUCUAAAUUCGUAAAACAUAUAGCUGUUGUUUUUUAUGUUAUAAUGAUUUUUUUUUUAAAUAAAAAUGUUUAAAAUAUU